AUGCCGUUCCCCUUCGAGCUGCCGACCACAUCCUCCAUAUCCUUCGACGACUUCUACAUCAGCACGACACACCCGUCGCUGCCCCUCGCCGCAACAACAUGCCGCGGCGUGCUGCGCGACGUGCUCAAGAAGCACAAGCGCCUGCCGCCGCCCUCGCAGACGUCCGACCUACCCGCCGUCGCCACCGCCCUCAACGAGUACAUCCCGCACCUCUCCGCGCUGGACGCCGGCCUCAGCAACAGCAACAGCAACAGCAACACCGCCGCCGCCUCCGAAGCCAUCAACGUCGCCCCCCUCCCGCGCGGCGAGCUGGCCGUCGAAUGGCGGGCCACGCUCACGGCGCCGCAGAUGCCCGGCCGCGACCCGCCGCGGAUCAAGCUGCGCGGGCUGCGGCUGGAGCUGGGCUUCGCGCUGGCGUCGCUGGCCUACGUGCACAGCCUGCAGGCGCGCGCCGCGCUGCACGCGCUGUACAACUACAACAGCGCCGCCGCCCCGCCAUCCUCGGAGCAGCGCACCGCCGCCGUCGCCGCCGCCAUGCGCGCCUUCCUCGAAGCGAACGCCAUCCACACCUACCUGGUGCAGCGACUGGGCAGCAUCAAUGCCAAUGGCACUUCUCCUCCCCCCGCCGCACCUCCCCAACCAACCAGCAGCAACAACGACGGCAGCAAAAGACCUCCUCCCUCGUCAGCACCGCCGCCGACCGCCAUCCCGCCCGACAUGACGCCCGGCGUGCAGACGGCGCUCGCGGAGCUGACGCUCGCCGAGGCGACGCUCAUCGCCGUGCUCAAGGACGACCCCUACCCGGCGGUCGUGGCCGAGGACCGCAGCCGCGCCAGCCGCGACUGGAUGUUCAAGGCGCCCGACAUACCGCGCGUGCGCGCGCACCUGUUUGCGCGGCUGUGCCUGGCCGCGGCCGAGCACGCGGCGAGGGGCAAGGCCGGGCUGGGCUGGGCGGCGGGGGGCAGUGCGGCGGCGGCGGGGAAGGUGGAUGAGGCGUUGGGCCGGUAUCUGGAGGAUCUGAGGCGGACGGCGAGGGGGAAGGCGUGCAGGUUUUUUGGGAUCGAUGCCGAGUUGGAGGGGAAGGCGGGCGAGGCGAUUGCGUGGUUGAGGGCGGCGAGGAGGGAGUUGGGGUUCUCGAGCGGUGGUGGUGGUGGUGGCGGCGGGGUGUCGGGUGGAGCGGGCGAGGAGGAGGGCGGCGGCAGUAGUAAGGGCAGGGGGUUCGCGUCGAAGUUGAAGAAGGACUGGUCGGAGAGGAGGGAGGAUCGGAAGAUUGAGAAAGGCGCGGAUUGGGGGAGCGAUGCGGGGAGGUUCGAGGAGGGGCGGGUGGUGGACAUGUUGGAGAAGAAGUGGGUGAAGAUGAAUGAUACGGUCGGCGUCCAAACAAUACCUCCAAUCGAGCCUCUCCUCGCCAGCAUGCCCUCGGGCCGCGAGUACCACUCACCGAAAGCCUACAAGCUCCCUCAGCUAGACGAAUCCACCAUUGCUCGCAUGCGCGCCCCGCCAAACCCAUCCGAGGUUACCAGUGGUGGUGUCGAUGACAGCAGCAGUGAUGAUGACCGAGAGGAGAGUCGGCGCCGCGCAGCAGGUGGCGGAAACCCCAUCGGCGCGUUCCCCGGGACGAGCGGGGAUUAUGCUGCGGAUGCUGGAGGAGACAGGGAAGGAUAUUAUUGA